CGGUAUUCCUAACGAAAAACAUGCGAUUUUUAUAUCGCGUAGUUAAAUUAAACGUUGUUUGUUAACAAAUGAUACAAAUAAAAACAUAAGUAGGCUCAUAGUUGCUACGAUUCAUCCUCUUCCAUUACCUUCCAGACUAAACCCAGGAACCAGAAGCGAACUGAUGACGUUGACUUCUGUUUAGCUCUACGUUGAGGCGGAACAUGGCCGACAGCGGACCCUUGGCCGCAAAAAGAAGCGACUCCGGUUCCUUGUCCUCGGUGAGCAUGGAGACCAUCUCCACGCUGACGGAGCUGGAGGACCUGGAGAGAGUUUACCAGCAGCUCUGCGCCGAGGAGAAAGAAGUGGAAGCUGAGCUGGACAGGCUGGUGGGACAGGAGGGGAGCGUUCACACAAAGAUGCUGGCACUGCAGAGGAUGGGACCUAAUUUACAGCUGAUUGGAGGAGACGCCAGUCAACUGUCAGGCAUGAUCAAUUUCACCUGCAGCCUGGCUGAAAACGUCAGUCGCAAAGUCAGACAGCUGGACCUGGCAAAAACUCGUCUGUAUAACGUCAUCCAACGUGCGGACGAUAUCCUCGACCUGAAGUUCUGCACUGACGGCGUGCAAACGGCUCUGCGUAAUGAAGAUUAUGAGCAGGCCGCAGCGCACAUCCAUCGAUACUUGUCUCUGGACCAGUCAGUCAUUGAGCUGAGCCGACAGGGAGAAGAAAGCAGUGCUGUGGACGCCAGUCUGGUCUUGCUGCAGGAAGCUGAACAGAAACUAAAAGUCAUAGUCGCGCAGAAGCUCGACGAGGCCGUAGCGGCGGUCGACCUGGCGCAGGUGGAGAGGUUUUUCAAGAUCUUCCCUCUGUUGGGCCUCCACCAGCAGGGUCUCGCCCGCUUCGGUCAAUAUCUCUGCAGCCAGCUCGCCUCCAAAGCCGAGGAGAACCUGUUGUUGGCGACGGGAGGCGAUCUGGGUGAGAAAAGAGCCCUGCUGAUCUUCGCAGACACGCUGACUCUGCUGCUGGAAGGGAUCGCUCGCGUCGUCGAGACUCACCAGCCGAUAGUGGAGACGUACUACGGUCCGGGCCACCUGUACACGCUCAUCAGUCACCUGCAGCAGGAGUGUGACAGUCAGGCUCAGAAGGUUGUCGAUAAGUUUAUCCAGCAGAGAGGAUACCACAACAAGUUUCAGAUUGUUCAGAGCAGCAUGAUGAAGAGCGUUCCGGGGGAAAGGAUCGAGCCGAGGGAACUGGACCCCAUGCUGACUGAAGUGACCCUGAUGAACGCCAGGGCGGAGCUCUACCUGCGCUUCCUGCGGCGGCGCAUCAUGGCAGACUUCGAAGUUGGAGAUGAUCGAACCAUCACGCYGGAGCAUCAGCAGAAUGUGGAGAAGCUCCUGAAACACUGUUCACUGAGCAGGACGACGCAGGAGCUGAUUGGAUUCUACAUCCCCAUGGAGGAAUAUUACAUGAGGGAGUCUGUCAACAAGGCCGUUGCGAUGGAUACGUAUGAAAAGGGUCAGCUGACCAGCAGCAUGGUGGAUGAUUGUUUCUACAUUGUGAAGAAGUGCAUCAGCAGAGCUUUGUCCAGCUCCAACAUCGACUGCCUCUGCGCCAUGAUCAACCACGCUAACUCCGUGCUGGAGUCCGACUUCAGGGAGGUGCUGUACAACAAGCUGAGGCAGGGCUUCCCGGCUACGACGCUGCAGGACAUCCAGCGUGGCGUCAGCAGCGCGGUCAGCAUGAUGCAGAGCAGCUUGCAGCAGGGCAARUUCAACACGCUGGGCAUCGAGAGCACGGAGAACGCCAAGGCCGCCUUCCUGGUGACUCUGAAUAACGUGGAGGUGUGCAGUGACAACAUCACAACCUUAAAACGGAACCUUGAGAACGACUGCUCCAAACUGUUCAGUCAGGGGGUCGGUUCUGGGGAACAAGCCAAGAUUGAGAGCUGCUUGUCGGACCUCGUCAGCACCUCUGCAAAGUUCAAGGAUCUCCUACAGGAGGGUCUGACGGAGUUGAACACGACAGCCAUAAAGCCACAGGUCAAACCCUGGAUCAGCAGCUUCCUGUCCAUCUCACACAACAUCGAAGAGGAGGAGUUUAAUGAUUAUGAAGCUAAUGACCCCUGGGUGCAGCAGCUCAUCGUUAACUUGGAGCAGCUCAUGGCUGAGUUUAAGCUCGGAGGGCUGCAGUUUGAUAAAGAGCUCCGGUCUCUGGUGGCGUACCUCACCACCGUGACCACAUGGACCAUUAGAGACAAGUUCGCUCGCCUCACACAAAUGGCCACCAUCCUCAAUCUGGAGCGGGUAACAGAGAUUUUGGAUUACUGGGGUCCGAACUCAGGCCCGCUGACGUGGCGUUUGACCCCCGCAGAGGUGCGUCAGGUCCUGGCGUUGCGGAUCGACUUCCGAAGCGAGGACAUCAAGAGGCUCCGCCUGUGACCUGGGCACCGGCGGUUAUCAGGGACUCACUUACCCACCUGCUGAUCCCGGACGAAYGAUGGAUCUGCCAUCUUCGUCUUUGUUUCUGCUUCUCAGCCAAGCUGGUUCCAGUCUGGGUUGGCCAAGCUUUUUUUUUUCUUUUUUUGAAGACACAUGUUUUUUUUUUUUUUUUUUUUGGUUAGAAACAGUUUGGUAAUAAUUAACUGUAAGACGUGUAAUUAAAGCUGUGGAUGUGUGACUGUGUCUCAGCGGAGUUCCAGUGCUUCAGAAACAGGGACACGCUGGGACCGAGGAGCGGAGCUGUAAUGAACGUCGUACCCAUUAAACUGACAGAAGCAGGUCA